AUGGCACCCUCUUCAGCUCCAUGGUGGAGCGAUGAUCGGGUGAAUGAAACAGUAACCUCAGCAUACGUCCAUUCGCAUCUCCGCCCUAAUGAGCAGGAGCUCCUACAACGACCUCUCUAUUUUGGGGGAGACCUGACCGACGACACCUAUCUGGAUUGGAUUCUGACGAGGUCCAAGCGCUUCUUCCUUAUAUUAGUCGCUACGGGUGUCCCCGACCAGAUCUUUGGUAUUGUUGAUGACUCGUAUGAUGAUGAAGACCUUCCCAUCGUUGAACAUGCCAUACCCGAUUUGCGCUUGUCUUUCCAACCCGACCGCUCUCUGGACAAACGAUUCUACAAAGCUCAGUUUCGAUUCCUCACACGCGUUGUUGGCGAGGGCGAGCACAUACGCUACGCCGAUGAGGAAACCAUCCCCAUCAUCCCCCUCAGCUUGAAGACUGUCGUCCUCCCCAGAGGCAGUGAUGGAACUGACCGCGUUCGACUCCCGUCAGAACCUGCAAAGACAGUCCUUCGUCGGCGGAUUACCCUGGAUGCGCACUUGACGGAAGAGGACAUCCUCGUGGAAAUAGCCACGAGUAGGAGGCUGUGUCAUGAACAUGUCGUAUCAGUCUUUGGAUCUUAUCUAUACCAAGGCGCUUUCAAUGUCCUGUCGCUUCCAGCAGCCGAAUGGAACCUCAAAACCUUCCUGACUGACACUCCUAAAGCAUUCAGUGCCCUUUCAAAAGUGGAACGACGCCAUCAUAUGAUCAAUUGGCCACAUUGUCUCGCCAACGCUUUAGCAUGGCUUCACGACAAUGGAGAGUUUCACGGGGCUAUCCGACCCUCCAAUAUUCAGGUCGAUAGUUCAUUCCAGAUCUGUCUAGGUCUUCUCGACGGCGACGGAUUGCUUCGAGACAGUGUCAAGCCUGACGACAUUGAAGCGUACCAAUAUGCUCCUCCAGAGAGGUGGAAGAGGGCUGUGACAAUUCAAAAUACAGGUUCCGCCACAUUAGCUCUACCGUCCGGCGGUCGCUCAGGGCGAAAAGUAACCGGCAGACCAGACAAAGGGGGCUCCUCUGAUGGCAAUAACAGUGUCAGAGCUAGGUCGGAGUCUUCCGCUGCAGCUUAUACGUUCCAGCCAACUUCUAGAGGCAACUACGCAAGGUUGAGACUUAGCGCAGCCAUGGGUCCUGAUGCACCACUCCAGCCCACUGUUCGCGGCAGAAACAUGAGGUCUCCCUCGGACAACAAGUCCAUCUCAACCCAGGCUACAACUCGACCAAAACCGCCCUCAAUUAGCUCAUCCACUGGUUCCAGUGGCAGGCAUAUUGCAAGUUCACUUCGCAGUAACCCGAGGUUUGUCUCUGCUCCAGAAGGCCGAAGCGCUGUUGUACAGACAUGGCAAUCAGUCGAGCAGGAUAUGUUCGCUUCCGACGUCUUUUCUCUCGGAGCCGUGAUCUUGGAUAUUCUAUCCAUUCUUUGCAAGAAGAGUUACAGCUCAUUCUCAAGACACCGUUCAUCCAAGAAUCGAAAUGCCGGUCGAGGCGGCGGAUUGGCAGAUGCCAGUUUUCAUGCAAAUCUCGGGCAAGUGUUUCUCUGGGCACAGUCGCUUCAGAACGAGGCAGAGAAGAAAGCGAAGAGAGACGAAAGUCAGGUCUACCACGCUAUAGGUCCCGUGGUGCAGCUCACGCUUCAGUGCUUGGAAAGGGACCCUCUCGCUCGAUUAUCCAGCGAGAAACUCGAACGGAGGCUCGGAGACUACAUCUGCCGCUUCGCUAAUAUCAAGCGCCUCCACUGUGCGGCCGAAAAGAUAAAGCAGCAAAAAUCCGACACGCCCAGCACUGCGCGAGGGAACGUGUCUUCAGAGCGUUCAGUAAAAGAGAAAUCUUCACGGGAUUGCCUUCGGCAACCAUCCCCAAAUCCCAGGACGCAGACUCAGGAAUGGAGACAAGAACAGCAACGAACAAUUCUACCAGAUGCGCAGAUGCUUCAAUCUCCCAUCAGCGACGCCCCAUCUUCGACUCGUGGGAUGUCAGUCAGUACAACCCCAGCAACAACUUCCGCCAGUUCUCUCAUGUCAUUCAAUUUUGAUGGUCUAUCAGAUACCGUUGUUGCAGAAAGUCCUAGGUCGCGCGACCACUCUCGAAAGGGCACCCGCCGGAGAGAUAAUCGUGGUCCUCAGGUCGAAGUGCCCUGGACAAGAGACCAGGCGCACAAUGGAGGAGAGCAGCAGCAGCAGCACCACCACCACCACCACCAGUACUGGAACACCUGGCACCAGAAUGAUAGCGAAGUCGAUCCCCGCCUAUCCUUUGGGGAGUCUGUCGAUGCUGGCGCCUUCACGUUCGUCAACUACAGCACCAGCGCGUCGUCUGAAGAGGGGGCGAAAUACUUCCCCCGACCACCUUCCACGCCAGUGGAUCCACCUACUAAAGCGCCGAACAGAGCGCUCCCACCCGUGCCUCCAAUUCCCACACAUGUACGACCCAGCAGAUCGAAACAGCACCUCAUACCUAUCCUAGCAUCCCGGGAGGAGUUGGCAUUGCUGAGCCGUAUCCAGAGCGCUGCCGCGGCGGGACAUCCAUUGCGUGUUGACAGCUUACCCAAAUCGCUCAAUGACGACGAGGACGACUACGAAGACAUUUUACAACAUACAAGGCGGCCUCAUACUGCCAAAAACUCGUCCAGGAGUAGAUCGAGACAAGAUUACGAGCAUCAUUAUCGGGGUCGCACUGGCGUGUAA